GCAAUUUUCAGGAGUCUUUGUGGACCGAACCCCGAUCGCAACCAGAACAUCGUCGUCAAGCACUUCGACCACACAGUGCAGCACAAGUCAAUCAAGCAACAAUGUUAGAAACAGUGAGCCUCGUCGUGAAGGCCGCGACGACGGUCUACGACAAAUUCUGCCAGACCAAGGCCAAUCGAGAGGAGGUGUCAUCCCUGGCUCUCCGCGUGGGUCUCUUGAUCAAUUGCUUGGAGAGUUCGCAGCAGCUGAGGCAUGACGAGGGCCGGAAGACCCUUUCUCAGGUAAACAAGAUCCUGAAUCAAGCCGGAGACCUCGCGGACGAGUUCAUGGCUGCGGAGAGAUUCCAUCGCUUUAUCUGGUCGCAUUCGUGGGCAGAUCGAUGCGAGACUAUCAACCGAGAGCUGACUCAAUUUAUCCAAUUGCUUGGGGUUGUCUCCGACCAGAAGCAGCUACAGUACCUGUCCGAUAUUCAAUUGCUUAUGCAUGAUCGCCGUCAGCACGAUCAAGAUGUCUCAGAGCAGCUCCGAAUGAUUCAACAAGCCGUGCUACAAGUACAAAAGGCUCAGCACGACAAAAGCAAAACUUCCAUGGCUCUUCAGGGGCUCCACAAGACCCUAAAAGAUGACCAGAGGUAUCGUCAUAACAAAGGUAUGGAACCGAGCGGUGUGGCCCCUUCCAUUAUUUCCACAACCCCAGAGCUGGAGGGACUCUCUCCUCGCCUGAAAGAGCUCUUCCUGCGACCUGAGUACAAGUCCUUGCUCCUAGACAGGAACCACCUUAGGUACACAGAAAGCAGAAGCUCUCCAUCAGGAGCAUUCGGGGUGGUACAUGAGGGCGAGUACCUUAACCAACCUGUGGUUGUAAAGUUGCUUCUCGCCAAUGACCCAACUAUGAAAGCGAUGAAGGAGAUCCUGGACGAAGCCUUGGUGAUGAAGCGGUUCAACUUUGACUUCUUUGCCACAGUCUACGGUAUAUGCAUUGUUGAUGCAUCACCAGCAAUUGUUAUGAAACGGAUGGAUUCAGACUUGUUUGUCUACCUACACAGAGAAGACAACUCUUCAACUACCUCGUCUCUGCGCUGGAAGCUUGAAACAGCACUUGCGGUGUCCCGUGCCGUCGAGGCGUUGCACAAGCUCAAGAUUCUGCACCGUGACUUAAAAACACCAAACAUCCUCGUAAGUGGUAAGGAUGCAAGCCAUCUUUGCAUCACCGACUUUGGAAUGGCACAACUCCGAAAAGAGACCGCAUCAAUUCACAAAUCACAAACAGCGGCCAGCUUUGGAGAGUACGAGACGGUUGGAAGCUAUCCAUGGAUGGCCCCAGAAAUAAUGCAAGCGGGGAAGUAUACUCCAAAGGCAGAUGUUUACAGCUUGGGUGUCAUCAUUUGGGAGUGUUUCACUUUGGAGGAACCUUGGAGCGAAGCUGUCAGCAUCCAGGCCAUUGAAAGGGCGGUCUUGAGCGGAAGAAGGCUCGACCUAGAGGGCAUUCCCAACCAAAUUUCCAAUCUGCUAAAAAGAACAUGGGACGACCACCCUUCCAAACGCCCGUCUGCGUCAGAGGUGGCAUCAGAAUUGGCGGCUCUAAAGUCUCACCUGCUUGCACUUCCUGAGGGCGAGGUGCAUGUUGCACUCCCUCACCUUGGGAAUCACAUUCCGUACCCACCUCAGCCGGUCACCACUGCAAUCCAAGGGCAACAACAAAAUGGUUUUGAGGCUGAGCAGCCUUUGGGAGAAUGGAUCACGCCAUCACCGACCUUCGCGAAUAGCUGUGGAACACCGUACUCGUUGUGUAACGCUGUAACUGACUUCAACUUGAUUGCCGCUCAUGUUGGGUCUCAGGACCGGACGAACGUGAUGGAGCACUACUUGUUCGCCCAAUGCGCCUAUUGCGCCGACGUUGGCUCUGUAAGGCAGCGAUGCAAGGCCCUGAAGGUUCAGUACGCGGAUUAUCACAACUUGAGGCACCAGGAAGACGACGGCUGUGCUGUGUACUCGGCGCCACAGCUUUUGUGCCUCCAGAUUGUUCGAGAGCAUACGAUACGAUUUGGCACCCCGAUGGAACCUCAGGAAAGAGCUGCGAUCUCGAUGCAAUCUAUGGAUCGUAGCGUGGAUGACGUCUCCUCGAAUCGGCAGAAGACACGGCCCAGCACCUCGAUGGCGCCAACGAGGCCAGUGGCAGUCUCAGUGCCACCAUGCAGUCCAGUGGCAGUCUCAGUGCCACCAAUGAGUCCAGCAGAAGUCUCAGUGCCAUCCAUGAGGUCAGCGGCAGUCUCAGUGCCGCCCACCAUGAGGCCAGCGGCAGUCUCGGUGCAACCCAUGUAUACGGAUCGAGUAGUGCAUCACACCUUCCCUGCCCAAGAACCCAAGGCAUCCUUCGGUGUUCCUAUGGUGGAACCACUGGUUCGUGGUUGUGAUGAAAUCUUCUCUGCCUAAGGUACAAUUCUCCAUGACUGCAGGCUUGCCAUGUCAGUCAUCAAAUGCAUGUAGACAACUUAAUAUCCAUAAGAGUUUGCACACACAGAAAA